ACAUGGAUCGCAGCGCAGGAAUCAAAUCAACGAGAAAUACUAUACAAUACUAUACUAGAAACUAGAACUAGACUAGACUAGAAAUUUCUAGUAGCGAAGGAAAAGCGUGAAACAAUGUCAUGUCGCGACUCGACAUGUUAGAAGGAGCUAAAUCAAUAGGUGCCGGAGCUGCUACAAUUGCUUUAGCGGGAGCUGCUGUCGGUAUUGGAAUUAUUCGGACCAUUUUUCCUAGUGUCAUUCCAUUGUUCAUUGCGAAUCUCAAAAAGAGAAUUUUGAAUGUCUCCUCCUUUUUUGAUUUUCUGCAAUUGAAAUAUCCAUAUUGGAUCUUCUUUUUUAAAAUUUCCAUUUUCGUUUUUCUAGUCUUUUUGCGUAUAAUCCUCCCCCUAGGACUACUUUUCUCCCAUCUGGCUUGCUCCUCCGCUUUUUUUCUUAUAACACUGCCGCCAGAGAUUCAAAACCCACAGGCUCUAGCUCAUUUAGAAGGGCUAAACUUCUAUCUGAGCCUUACGAGCAGAUCCGAGUGGGUUGCGUUCAUUCAGCAGGAGCUGAAUCACAACACCCCUCUGGAGGACAUACCUGGGCGGCUAAGGCUCUUCCUAAUGGAAGAAAGGACAUCAAGCCUCAAACUUGAUCUAAUUCAGGAAUUUCUUUCACAGUACGCGAGGAACGAAGCCGUACUUCCCGUCGAGCCCUACCUUUUGGAGCAGGCGCUUCGUUCCUAUUUAGAUUUUAUUCGUGGAACAGAUAAUUUCUCCAUUCUCCAGGCAGCUUAUCAGGAUCUGCGGGAGAAUGAGGGAGGAUCUGUUUUUUUUUCUGAAGUUGUUUCGCACAACCGUGAUUUCCUGGAAGCCCAAAGCGCCAAAAGGACGUGGAUAGAGGCGGAACGGAGAUGGUUGUAUAAAAAAAUAACAAUUGCUACAGCAAGGCUCGAAAGAGCUGAAUUCCUACAUACACAACUAAUCUUCCAAUGGGAAGAUCAACUGAGGGGGAGGAAUAUUAAUAUUAAUGAUAUGCCGCUUGGAUCUGCAAAUGACCAGGCGUGAUCAGUCUCUUAGACGGUUUAAAAACCACUUUUUCAUACUUUCAAAGCAACAAGCACCUUUAUGUGACCUAACAGGACUUUUGAAUUAACUCAGUGAUUUUGCAGACGGAGGAGAGGAAAUGAAAGCAGAAGAAGUUAUCGAAACUCGGAACCACAUGUUCAAUCUUU